AUGAUGCACCCGCGGGCAGCUGGCACCAGCACUGGCAGGCACUCUAUCUUUUGAGUUUGAGGCGUACCUAUCUAAAUUGAAGUGUUGAAGCGGAUGAAGGGGGAUGCGUAUGCGCAUUCAACGACAGGAAGCAAGCCAGCAAGCAGCAGAUUGAGGGAACAACUUUGAAUUGCAUAAUUUGAGCCUUUUGUUACACUUUCAUGUCGCUUUGAAACCCGAGAAAGAUGCCGGCUAACGUGGUACAGGAGGCGAGCCUGACUACGCGAGUCACAUCAUGGCUCUCGUCCCAGCCGAUCAUCACCUGCUGCAUCCUCAUCACUUGCGUAGCCAGUUACGUGGUUGGUAUUCUUACUGGGUUUGAUGAUUACAAGGACCUGUGCAUGGCGCCUUUCUAUGUGGUGGAGCAGUGGGAAGUCUACCGCCCCUUCUCCUCCAUUCUUAUCCACUCCGGCCUCCUUCACAUCGCCUUCAACAUGCUCUCCUUCGUCCCGAUGGGCGCGGGCCUCGAGCGCAUCCUGGGCUCCGUGCGCUAUGCAUAUGCCGUCCUCCUGUUUGCCGUGACCAACGCAAUACUCCACACGGGGGCGGCAUAUGCCGCCGCCAUCAAGUUCCCGGACCUCGUGUAUCAGUGCUCUGUGGGCUUUUCCGGGAUUCUGUUUGCUAUGAUUGUCGUGGAGACGAACAUGAGCGGGGUGCAGAGCAGGAGCAUUUUCGGGCUCUUCACUGUGCCAGCAAAAUGGUACCCGUGGGCUCUCCUGGUGGUCUUUCAGGUGCUCAUGCCCAACGUCUCCCUACUCGGCCACCUCAGCGGCCUCCUCUCGGGGCUGGCCUUCAGCUACGGCUGGUUGAACUGGGCGAUGCUCGGGUCGUCCACCAUCUCCACUAUCGAGUCCUCCUCCGUUCUGGCACCGCUGGUGCGGCGGUCGCAAUUUAUUGUCGGGGGCAGCGGGCCAGGGAGCUCCCUGCCCAUCACUAACUCAGAAAGCAGCGGUGGUAGCUCCUGGGGAAGCCUCAGCGGUGGGCUGUCAGGCAUGUGGCGGCGUAUGCAAGGCUGGGCGCCAGUGCAGGCGGCGAGCACGGACGGGAGCACGCAGUUCCCUGGGCGGGGUCGAACGUUGGGCGGGCCGUUGCCCGGGGGAACUCUGGGACGAGGCCAGGCGCCUCCGCCGGGGCGUCGAGAGAGCGCAACGAACGGGGGCCCGCCGAGGAGCGGGCACACGGGGGGAAACGGGGGGCGGCAAUCGCCGGCGCAGUCUGGCCCAGGGAGACCAGACACGAACGGAGCCGUACCUUCGCAGAAAGCGGACGCUCAGGACGUGGCCCAGCUGGUGUCCAUGGGGUUCGAGGAGGGUGCGGUGCGCUCUGCGCUUGUGGCAGCGAAUGGCGAUGUCGGUCUUGCUGUGGAGUUCCUGAGUUCAAGCUGACACUCAUUAGCUGGCGACUACUUGUGUUCCGACGGAGAAAAGGGGAGCAGCGAACCGAGCAUGGACGUUCGGAUCCAUUUAUCACAGUCGAAAGACUGGUUUGUAGUCAUACGAACCCCUGCACUGAAGGGCUCUUGCGAUGGAUGAUUGGUGUUAGGCAAGAUUGCUCUUGCUUUGCAGCGGAGAGCAGCGCAAUUGCAAGCUAUCGCCU